AUGUCCACACCCUUCCGGCAGGGCAUCACCCAACUGAGAUGCGCGGGUGGACAACUCAGCCGUCCACGCCCAACCAUCUCAACCGUCCAGUCCAUUUCCCUCUGGAGAUGCCCUGCACCUCAUCGACCCAGCAGCACACAAGCUUCCAAUUCCUCUCACGGCGGUAAACCCGUGAUUUUCUCCGGGAUCCAGCCGACGGGAGUGCCGCAUUUAGGAAAUUACCUCGGGGCGCUGCGGGAAUGGGUCAAACUGCAGAAUGAGGCCGAGGCAGGGACCAAGUUGAUUUUCUCGAUUGUGGAUCUGCAUGCUCUGACGGUGCCGCAGGAGGCGAGACAGUUGAGGAAAUGGAGGAAAGAGGCGUUUGCGACUUUGCUGGCGGUGGGGUUGGAUCCGAAGCGUUCAACCAUCUUUUAUCAAUCUGAGGUCCCGGCUCAUGCCGAAUUGAUGUGGAUCUUGAGUACAGUUGCGUCGAUGGGCUAUCUAUCGCGAAUGACUCAAUGGAAGAGCAAACUUCAAUUGCCAGAAGACACGACGCUGGAACAGGCCGAUGCGCGAGCCCAGUUGCGCCUCGGCCUCUUUUCUUAUCCAGUGCUUCAAGCUGCCGAUAUCCUGGUGCACAGAGCAACGCAUGUCCCCGUGGGGGAGGAUCAACGGCAACAUCUAGAGUUUUCCAGAUACACUGCCAACAGCUUCAACCAUCUCUACGGAUCCAUCUUUCCUAUUCCCGAGGCUCAAAUCUCUCCCGCCAAACGAGUCAUGUCUCUCAAAGAACCCACUUCCAAAAUGUCCAAAUCCCACUCGGAUCCUAAAUCCCGCAUUCUCCUCACCGACUCGCCCACCACCAUCCAGAAAAAGAUCAAAGUCGCCCUCACCGACUCCCAACCCAACAUCACCUACGAUCCCGCCCACCGGCCCGGGGUUUCCAAUCUGAUCGAGAUCCUGAGCCACUUUGAGGGUCAGUCCUGCGAGGAGAUCGCCACGUCAUUUGACGGAGCGAGUCUGCGCGCGCUCAAAGAGCACGUCGCCGAGCGGAUCAGCCAUCAUUUGAUGGAGAUUCGGGAACGGUACGAGUCGAUGAUGGGGGAUCAGACGGGGUAUCUGGAUGCGGUGGCACAGCAGGGCGCAGAGGCGGCGCAGGGGAACGCGCAGGAGACGAUGAGGAUGGUUCGGGAUGCGAUGGGACUGUAA